CGAAGGAAGUGCGCCCGGCGAGGAGUCGUGCGCUGAGCCGCCGCCGCCGCCGCCGCCAGACCCCAGCCUGCGCGGUGCUCCGUGCCAGGAGGGCCCGGCGGCCAGGCCGAGUCCCGGCCCAGCAGGGCAGGGGGAGCCCUCGACGGCGACCAGCCCGGCGAGGGGCCAGAGAAAGAGGACAAGGAGGAAGGGCGGCCUCACCGAGGACCCGGCAAUGGCGCUCGACUUUCUGGCUGGAUGCGCUGGGGGUGUGGCAGGUGUGCUGGUGGGACACCCCUUUGACACGGUCAAGAUGAGCGUAAGCCUCACCCCGGAGAGAGCGCUAGUGCGGCUCCAGGUCCAGAGCGUGGAGAAGCCCCAGUACCGAGGGACCCUGCACUGCUUCCAGGCCAUCGUCAAGCAGGAAGGCGUGCUGGGCCCGUGCCGCGGCCUGGGCUCGCCCCUCCUGGGGCUCACCUUCAUCAACGCGCUGGUGUUCGGCGUGCAGGGCAACACCCUCCGGGCCCUGGGCCGGGACUCGCCGCUGAACCAGUUCCUGGCGGGCGCGGCGGCGGGCGCCAUCCAGUGCGUCAUCUGCUGCCCCAUGGAGCUGGCCAAGACGCGGCUGCAGCUGCGGGAGGCGGGGCCGGGCCGCACCUACCGCGGGCCCCUGGACUGCCUGGCGCAGGUCUACCGGCGGGAGGGCCUGCGCGGCGUCAACCGGGGCAUGGUGUCCACGCUGCUGCGCGAGACCCCCAGCUUCGGCGUCUACUUCCUCACCUACGACGUGCUGACGCGCGCGCUGGGCUGCGAGCCGGGCGACCGCCUGCUGGUGCCCAAGCUGCUGCUGGCGGGCGGCACGUCGGGCAUCGCGUCCUGGCUCUCCACCUACCCCCUGGACGUGGUCAAGUCGCGGCUGCAGGCCGACGGGCUGCGGGGCGCCCCACGCUACCAGGGCAUCCUCGACUGCGUGCGCCAGAGCUACCGCGCUGAGGGCUGGCGCGUCUUCACGCGCGGGCUGGCCUCCACGCUGCUGCGCGCCUUCCCCGUCAACGCCGCCACCUUCGCCACCGUCACCGUGGUGCUCAGCCACGCGCGCGGCGAGCAGGCCCGGCCCGAGGGCGAUGCCGUGCCCGCCGCCCCGGCGGGGCCCGCCUUGGCCCAGCCCUCCAGCCUGUGACGC